AUGCCACCUAUCACACACAUCACUCCUGUCCCUCAAUGUCAAGAUUUGUUCUAUGCAACAAAUAAUCCCUAUCAGGUGAGUGGACCAAGAGGAUUUACAGAGUUCAAGUAUAUGGAAGAGACUACAGAUCUGUUUGUGAGGAUUGAUUUCCCGGGAGUUACCAAAGAGAGUGUUGAGAUCUUUGUUGAGUCAAAGAUGAAAAAGGCUGUAUUCGUGUUCGGAGAGGCACCGAACGAACCAGCACACGAGCCUUCUGUCCGGAAAUUCGGAGCUUCCACUGGACUUGUCUGUGACUGCUGUAAAAUCAGCAAUGUUCAGUGCUAUCUUGGAGAUGGCGUUCUGAGGCUUAUCCUUUCCAAGGAGAGGAUCAAUCUUCAUGGCCCUUCUUCUUGUUCUUAUCACUUGAUUCAGGGAUACAACCCAGAAGUCGCAGGUGGCCAUCCUUUUGCUCAUCUUCGUGGACAUAUCCCACAAGGUUACCGUGGCACUGACCCUCUAGAUCCGGCGUUCACGGGUCCGGUCAUAAUACCCCACCCGUCGGUGGUGGAGGGACCAAGUAGUGCAUACGAGGCAAAGCAGCUAUCCGACGGCGGUCUGUUUCUGCGUAUUGACAUGCCCGGUGUCCCCAACGACCAAUUCACGGUAGCGGUGGAAAGCGACGGUUGCGUCACUGUCAUCGGACGAGCACCUCAGGCGAUUUACGACUCGAGUGGACGUGAGUACAGAGGCAAGGUCGCGAUCGUCCCUCGAGGCUAUGACGACCGUCGGAUCAAAGUAAUCGCUAAACGUGGUGUCAUCCGGCUCAUCAUUCCUCCCUUCGAAGAUAUGCCCUAA